GGAAUGUCGAAAUAUGCGACAACGUGCUGCUGGUCAGGGUUAAUUUGUGUGCCUGCUGUCCUUUUGCAUUUUUAAAACACACCAUCCUUUUUUUAGCGAGCGAGAAAAGCGCCAACUCUAUCUACUGCUUUUGAACUGGCCUGAAUGAACCUCGACGCCAUCUCAAUGUCAAAUAUGCUACUCUAGACACACCGUGAGAGAUUCCAACUGCCGAAAGAGAAAACAGCCAGCAUUGUCGUCAUUUCCCCUCUAAUCUCUGUUUGCGCCCCCACAAAUCCCCUCAAGCCAAGGGUUCCAGCCGGAUUGGCCUCCAAGGGCAGCAGAGGGAAAGAAGAAGGGGAGAGGAAAAAAAGAAGAAAAAAAGAUAAACAACAAAUUACUAAAUAAAGAUAGUCGAGGCCACGUUUGGGUGUCAACCACACACACCAUCUGAACCCACCCAUCGGUGUCGCGCGUGUCAGUCAACGGGUCCGUCCAUUUGAGGAAAAUACAAAAAGAAAAAGGUACCUACAUGCCCGACACAAUGAGCGCCACUACUAAAGGCGGCCAGGAGCCCGUCGCCCCGACCAACAUUCGGAAAAGACGCGGCGUCCAGGCUGAAGGUGACACCGAAAGUUCAACAGCCCAAGACGGGAUCGGCCAUGCGCCCACUGCCCAAUACGAGCAAUCGGAAGAUCAGGAACAAGCCAAGCUCAGGCAGGCCAACAAGAGCUAUGGCCGCACUCCUGACGGAACCGUCUUCACGGUCCCCACCACCCACGACAUGGUCUCGCAGCUUCUUGAUCCUCGCCAGCCCAAGAACUUGAGCGAUGUCAUCGUGCUGGCCAUUCUUGGAAUGCACAUACUUGCCGCCUACGCGCUGCCAUCUCACCUCAAGCGCCCCGUGUUUGCCGCCAUCUUCAUCUUCUGGCGUGCCUCGUACAACAUCGGCAUCGGCAUCCUCCUGCGCGUCCAGUCCCAGCACAAGCUGUUGGUCGUCAAGGCCAAGAAAUGGGGCAUUUUUGAGGAUCCUGCAUCCGGCAAGAAUCCCCGGCCAUGGCUAUAUCACCUUCUCAAACGCGAGCUCGAGGCCAAGAUCCCUGAGGACUACAAGCUGGAGGAGGCCCCCAUUGAGUACAACACUUGGCUCCUUUUCCGUCGCGUGGUCGAUCUGAUCCUCAUGUGCGACUUCGUCUCGUACUGUCUCUUCGCCGCCGUGUGCGGCUCUACUCCUGACGGCGAGGCUCCAUGGGCCACCGUUGCACGCUGGGUGAUGGGUUGGGUGCUUGUUGGACUCAACUUAUGGAUCAAGCUCGAUGCUCACCGCGUCGUCAAGGAUUUUGCCUGGUACUGGGGUGACUUCUUCUACCUCAUUGACCAAGAGCUCACUUUUGACGGUGUUUUCGAGCUAGCCCCUCAUCCCAUGUACUCCAUUGGCUACAUCGGCUACUAUGGCAUAUCUAUGAUGGCUGCCAGCUACGAUGUGCUUUUCAUCUCAAUUAUUGCUCAUCUUGCUCAGCUCAUCUUCCUCGUCGUAGUCGAGAACCCACACAUUGAAAAGACGUACAAUCCUCCUCCUCCCCGUAGCGCUGGCCAGAUGCAGCCGUUGGAUGGAGCAAAAGACGCCGAUUCCGCCACAAGAGACUCUCCUGCGACGGUUCACAACAUGCUUGGCUUCAAGAACAUCGACCUGUUCCGCGUGCCAGACUACACUACAAUUCUGCUCUGCAUCUACCUCGGCGUGCUUUCGCUCGCAACCCCGAAAACAGAGUUUUGGCAGGCAGCCUUCAUAGUCCAUGCCGUCCUCUGCCGCCUGUGGUUCUCGUUGGGUCUUGGCUGGAUCUUGACUUUCCAGUCCAAGGAGAAGAGGUUCACAAGGCACUUUGUCAAGUACGGCGAAAGCGCCGGCGAGGCGUGGAGGCAGUGGAAGGGCCUGUACCACGUCAGCACCGUCAUGUGCCAUGGUUCGUUCAUCGCAGCCUGCUGGAAGAUGUACACGGUACCUGCCGAUUGGACGCAGGAAUGGUCGAUCCUCAAGCACGUCACCGGAACUGGCCUGGUUGCUCUUCAGAUCUGGACUGCCGUGAGCAUCUACGACGAGCUGGGCGAGUUCGGCUGGUUCUUUGGCGACUUCUUCUUCAACAACCGCACCAAGCUGACCUACAGGUCCAUCUAUCGCUUCCUCAAUAACCCGGAGCGCGUCAUGGGCUCUCUAGGUCUAUAUGGGGCUGCUCUCAUCACCUGGAGCAGAGCCAUCUUUGUCCUUGCACUCAUAAGCCACCUACUCACGCUUGCCUUCAUCUCAUACGUCGAAAAACCUCAUAUGCAAAAGAUCUAUGGCCAGAGCAUUCGUGAAGAGGCUGGCCUGACCAAAUUUGUCAAGAGAUCCCUGCCCCCGCCAGUCAAGGAGUGGUCUGACAGCGUGGACAAGGUGCUUGAUGAGGCCAAGGCUUUUGUAGAGGACUUUGUUGAGUCAGCCAGGCCCAAACUUGCCGCUGGAGUCUCAACGAUUGUACGCGACACCACGGCCCUUUUCAACACCUAUCCCGCACGCCUCACCAUCUCGCAGCUGAACCCGUCCCUCGCCGGCCUGGAUCCCAAACAAUAUUCUCUUUCGUUGGAGGGCACCGUGGCGCAAAAGGCUGCCAGCGGACGCUCGACCGGCAAGGAGAGCAUCCAUGGCAGAUUCCCCAAGGAUGUGAAGACAUUGGUUCUGGAGUAUGGUGCGCCUAUCCGGGUCAAGUGGACGGCACCUGCAAACCACAGCAAGAAUGACUGGGUUGGACUCUACAUGGUGAUCGACAACAGGUCCAGGGAGGUUACCGAGGUACCCUCUCAGGGUCGCUGGGUGCCCACUUGCCCUGGGGUUUACGACCGUGCAACCGACGGCGGCAUCAUAACUGCAGACAAGCCGCUACCUAGCCAGCCUGAUAUGGUUCAGGGAGAGAUGGUUUUUGAGGGAGACAGGCUAUGGUGGACUCAGGGCACUUUCGAAUUGAGAUACCACCACGACGGCUCUCACAAUGUCAUGUCAGUAUCUGAACCUUUCGAGAUCAAGAUUGGGCGGUUCGAUGAGGACUUGGACGAGGAGGUCUUGGCCACCGGCGGCGGUGUUUACGAGCGAGCCGUCGAGUCGGAACUUCUGCCACUGGUACGCAACUGCCUCGACCGCGACCCCGAGAUUGCCCCAAGCACCGUAGACGAGCCGUUUGGAAGCCCGGUCGAACGCGAUAGCAAGUAUGCCAAGAGGGUGGUUUAUGCGAUCCACCACAUGUUUGGUAUCGAGUUUGCACCCGCAGUUGUUCCGGCGGACGGGAAUGUCAGGAAGCUGGCGUGGCGUAUUUGCAAUGCCAAACAAGUCCUUGCUCCUUACAGCAUGUCAAAGUCCCGAGGAACUACGACGCCCUUGGGCGAGAAGUUUCUAGAGACUCUUUGAGGCAUUGAGAGCGCUACCUUGCAACGGCUAAUGUUCACGUCGUUCUUUCCACACUUGGAUGGUAACUGUUUACCCCCCUCCUCCACGAAUUAUUCUUUGUUGAACGGAUGACUAUGACAUAUAAGCUCCAGUUGGUUUGUUAGAUUUGCAGCAUAGCGAUUGGUGUAUUGAGUUUUUUUCCCCCCUGCGAACGUAAGCAUACUGUCCUGAAUUUAGUUCAAGUUCGAGGUUCACCUUGAAGCCUUCGCAUAAGAAAGGAGGAAGAAGAAGAGGAGGAGGAGGGGAAAAAAAAAACCGUGGUCCGAUGGUGAUUUAUGGUAUAGUAAUCGUGCAGCGAACAAGGAAGUGCAGCGUACAUGGACUGCGCAUGAAUGAAACAAACAACCGUGGAUCAUUCGCGCUCCGAAGCAUACCAAAGCUCAACUGACAUCAGACUUGAACGUCAUUUGGCUCAUAAACGAUUACCGUUUUGCUAGUGAAUACAUAACAGAUAUGUAAGCCACCGAUGUAGGUACUCUGCAAGGUACACGAGGGUCCUAGUAAGGUAUGUAGAUCGCAAAGUAGACAGGCAGGUAGCAAGGUAGGAGGUAGGCAUAUUGCUUACUUUGCAACGGGUU